CUUUUUUUUCCAUUCUCUGUUUCUUGUUUCUUCACCAGGUUUUCUGUAAGAUCUAAAAAUAAGUGUGUCUAAGCUCCAGGGCUCAUCUCACAACAAAUUACAGAGCUGUGGGAAAGCACGGGAGGCUUCAGAUGGCUUAAGAUGAUGUAAAUUGCAGCUGCUGUGGAAAGGUGUGACCUACAGUUCCCCUCCACCACUGGUACAGCAGUAGCAUUUGCAGGGAAAUUCUGGUGAUUAAAGAUCAUGGCAACCAUAGAGGAACUGGCCCAUCAAAUUUUUGAACAGCAAAUGGGAGAGGUUACACAUUCACAGGAAGCUGCUACACAAACACUAAUGGAUGGGACACCACAACGAAUCCAGAUUGUCCCUACGGAUUCAGGCCUCUCUUUAUCACAACGUAUACAGAUUGUCACAGAUCAGCAGACGGGCCAGAAGAUUCAGAUUGUUACAGCACUUGAUCAGAGCUCAGCAGGCAAGCAGUUCAUCUUAACAAAUCAUGAUGGCUCUACCCCAAGCAAGGUGAUCCUUGCCAGACAAGAUUCCACUCCAGGAAAAGUUAUCCUAGCAACUCCAGAUGCUGCAGGUGUCAACCAACUGUUUUUUGCAUCCCCUGAUAUUUCUGCACAACACAUCCAGAUUUUAACAGACAACUCCACCAGUGAACAGGGCCUAAAUAAAGUGUUUGAUCUGUGUGUUGUAUGUGGAGACAAGGCAUCAGGGCGUCAUUAUGGAGCAGUAACUUGUGAGGGAUGCAAAGGAUUCUUUAAAAGGAGUAUACGGAAGAAUUUAGUUUAUUCCUGCCGAGGAACAAAGGACUGUGUCAUUAACAAACACCACCGGAACCGAUGUCAGUAUUGUCGGCUGCAGAGAUGCAUCGCGUUUGGGAUGAAACAAGAUUCUGUGCAGUGUGAGAGGAAACCUAUUGAAGUGUCAAGAGAAAAAUCUUCUAACUGUGCAGCUUCUACAGAAAAGAUCUACAUUCGGAAAGAUCUUCGUAGUCCGUUAGCUGCAACUCCAACUUUUGUAACAGACAAUGAAACAGCAAGAUCAACAGGUCUGCUGGAAUCAGGGAUGUUUGUUAACAUUCAUCCAUCUGCAAUAAAAAGUGAACCUACUGUGCUGAUGACUCCAGAUAAGGUUGAAGCAUGUCAAGGAGAUUUAAGUACACUGGCAAAUGUGGUGACUUCAUUAGCAAAUCUCAGUAAAUGCAAAGACAUAUCACAAAGUAGUACAGAGCUAUCUAUGAUUGAGAGUUUAAGUAAUGGAGAUGCAUCAUUAUCUGAACUCAAGCAAGAAGAACAAGCUAGUAGUGAUGUUACAAGGGCAUUUGAUACUCUUGCAAAAGCAUUAAAUCCAGCAGAGAGCGCAGCAUGUCAGAACUCUGAAAGUAUUGAUGCCAAUGCACAGCUGCUUGGUGGAGAAACAAGCACGAGUGUCGUUGAAAUAGAGGGGCCACUACUCAGUGAUGCUCACGUAGCAUUCAGGCUCACCAUGCCUUCUCCUAUGCCUGAUUAUCUUAACGUUCACUAUAUCUGCGAGUCUGCCUCCAGGUUGCUUUUUUUGUCCAUGCACUGGGCACGUUCCAUUCCAUCUUUCCAAGCUUUAGGACAGGAUAACAGCAUAUCAUUAGUAAAAGCCUGCUGGAAUGAACUUUUUACGCUUGGUCUAGCACAAUGUUCACAAGUUAUGAAUGUGGCAACUAUAUUAUCUGCAUUUGUUAAUCACCUUCAAGGCAGUUUACAGCAAGAUAAGCUGCCAACAGACAGAGGAAGACUAGUAAUGGAGCAUGUCUUCAAAUUGCAAGAGUUCUGUAACAGCAUGGUUAAGCUUUGUCUAGAUGGAUAUGAAUAUGCAUAUUUGAAAGCUAUCGUCCUCUUCAGUCCUGAUCACCCAGGUCUAGAAAAUGUGGUACAGAUUGAGAAAUUUCAAGAAAAGGCUUAUAUGGAGUUCCAGGACUAUGUAACAAAGGCAUAUCCAGAUGAUACUUACAGACUGUCUAGACUUCUCCUCCGAUUGCCUGCUCUUAGGCUGAUGAGCGCUGCCAUCACUGAAGAGCUGUUCUUCGCAGGACUAAUUGGAAAUGUCCAGAUUGAUAGCAUCAUCCCAUAUAUUCUGCGAAUGGAGACAGCAGAGUACAACUCCCAGAUCAUAGGUCAUGCCGUAUAAAAGUAGCAGUCCAGGAUUCUGUACCAUGGCAGUCAUGGUGAUGUAAAUGCAUACCCUGUCUCCAAGAGAUGGUAGUAAGCCUUCCAAUGCACCUUUCCAAAGAAGGCUCAUAUUCCUCCUUUCCAGUACACUUGGGAAACAUGGUGGAGUGUAUUAUGAUAUAGGAUCACUUCCUAUUUUUCAUCUAUCCUCAAGGACUUGUAAAUUAACUUGAUAUCUGAAGAAAGUAAGAAUUGUCUAUCCUAUUUUUGUAGAUAGACGGACUUGGAAUAUUUGUUUAUGAAGUCCAGGCUUAUGAGGAAACUGAAGAAGCUUUGACUGAACUAAGGUAUCUUGAGUUAGUGUGAUGUUUUAGAGAAAUAAAUUAACUUUCCUCUCCAA